AUUGAAUAGGUUUUGAUGGUUAAGGCCGAGCCGCUAAACACACGGCCGCAAAUUUUCACUCCAUGGCCGCUCCACCGCUCCUCAGAGCUCUGCCUCUCCUCCGCCGCCGCCUCUUCUACCACCACAAUUAUUUACGUCUCACAAAUGCCUCGGUAGUUCGUAGAUCCUUUUGCGGCGCGGCCGCCGAUUCAACUGCGGAUGACCAGAAAACUCCAUCUCCUGCUCAGAGUACAUCCACAAAAACAAACGAAGACACGCCUUAUUUUCGGAGAUGGGAGGACAAUCCAGAUUUUCGGAAAUGGAAGGACAAAGAAGCUGAGAUACUUGAAGAUAUUGACCCGAUUAUUUGCCUUACGAAGGAAAUUCUUCAUUCUGAUAGAUACAAGAAUGGAGAACGUCUUACCCCUGAUGAUGAGAAAGUUGUGGUGGAUCAGCUUCUUGCAUAUCACCCUCAUUCUGAAGAUAAGAUUGGAUGCGGACUAGAUUCAAUUAUGGUGGACAGGCAUCCUCAAUUCAGCAAAUCAAGGUGCCUUUUUGUCGUAAGAACAGAUGGGGGAUGGAUAGACUUUUCUUACCAGAAGUGUCUUCGGGCCUACAUCCGAGCUAAGUAUCCUUCUCAUGCUGAAAGAUUUAUAAAAGAACAUUUUAAGCGAGGCAGUAGUUGAAUUGAUAUCAUACAUGAGCCUCAUGAGACGCCUAUCGUUGAUUUGGGCUAAUCUAAUAUGAAAUUUAAGUCGAAAGUAAGUCGAGUAACAAAUUUUGUCGUGCCUGUGGCCUGUGGGUGGAUAGAUUUCAUGUUUGCCAAUGGAAUAUAUAGAAGUGUACGCAGUAUUA